AAGAUAGUAUAAAACCUUGUGUGUUGUUUUGGUUUGUAAUAUUUGUUUUGUAGUUUGGGGAAGGGAGCAACUAUCUAGUCUCCUUGCUACUAGUGUAUUUCCUUUUCCAGUUCAUUCUUCUCAGAAGUCACCUGAAUGAGAUAAUUCCAAAAGGGAAAUUUGAUCAAAUCAGAUUAGAUUGUGACCUGGUCUAAUCUUAAGUGGCCAAGGUUUUCCCCUUAAGCAAUCUCAUCUCCCAUAGAUUUAAUUGUCCCUAUAUGCUGACAACUUCAGAAUCUUCAUUGCUAACCUCUUUUUCUGAGCUCCUGAACACUAUUGGAUACAUAUACUUUUAAUGUUCCCUUGGAACAGCAAACAAUUAAACCAAAAUUGAUUGAUAUCAAAUCAACCAAAUUGGUUAUUACUUUCUCUACCUUUUUUACCUCCCUUUCCCUCCCUUCCACCCCUAAACAGCACCAUACACACCCACAGACAGACGCACACACACACACCCAUACACACACAUUCCAAAACAAAACUUUUAUUGUUCUUACAUUUCUUGCUUGGUUGUACCAAUACAGUCCUUCUAGGUACAUCAACUUAAAUGCCUCAGAGGUAUUGUCUACUCUUUCCUCUUUCUCAUCAUCUCCCACAAAUUACUGGCUCUCAAGCCUAAAGGGUUACCUUCUAAAUAUACCUUAAAUCAGUCUCCCUUCCAGAUCCUCAAAUAUUGCCUUAGCUUAUACUGCCACUUUUCUGGAUGACUACAAUAGCUACCAAACUAGUUUUCCUGUGUCUGAUUUCUCCUCUUACCCACUAUAUCCACUUCUAGAUUCAUCCAAAUUUGAUCACAUUACUACCUUCCUUAAACCCUUCAGUUGCUCCCCUGUAGAACACAGCUCAUGCUCCUCGGCCCAGCAUCCCAAGCUUUUCUCAGACUAGCUCCUGGUUCUUCUCUCUGUUAAACCUCAGCAGCAUGCUACUGAUAAUUUCCCAGAUUGACCCUGUUGUUUUAUAUGUUAGUUGUAGUUGUACAAAUUGUUUGUUCUACCUGAAGCUCCUUCUUCUGUAUCCAUCCGAACAUACCCCCAUCCAGUAGUAUAUUGGAGCUGACAAUACCAGCUCCCUACCAGCAAGGGAGUACUGCUUGUUAAAUAUUCAGUAAUUUUGCAAGCCAGCUUGUAACUUAAAAUCAGCCAUGAGUAUAUAGGUACUUGCACUGUGAACAUCAGCAAAUACACAUCCAGAUUUUCUCUACAACUACCCCCCACAAAAAAAACUGGUCCCAGAGCCUCACUACCCCUAUUCAACUUGAGUAACCUUUGCCUUAAAUCCUGCUUUAAAUGGUACCUCUUUAAAGCCUUUCCUGCCUGUUCUUCUCUCCACACACAUAAACUUGAUCACUACUUCUAAGCCGUUUGCAUGCUUUAUUAUAGCAUUUGUCGUUCUAUAGUAUAACUCUAUAUUUACAUGUCUCUUUUUAAUACUAACACCUGAGUUUCUGGGACAGAGUUCAUAUAAUUAUCUUUGUCAUUCAUUCACUUAACAUUCAUUGAACUGCACACUGAACCGAUAUAUUUACUAUGUACCAGGCACUGUUUUCAGGGUACAAAAAUGAAAGGAUUUAGCCACUGUCUGCAAGAAGCUCAUAGUCCAUGGGAGGAGAGAAAUUCAAAUAGUCCAUUACAAUACAGUGAGACAAGUACAUUGCUAGAAGUCUGUACAAGAUAUAUUGGAGUCUGGAGGAAAAAACUCUGCCUAGGGAAAUGGGAAAGUCCUCACAGAGCAGAAUGCUCUUUUCAGUUGCAUUAGCAGAAAUGAAAUGGGCUCGGUUUGUUGCAGUUAUGCAGGUCACCACACAAACUGCCGAGAAUACUGUCAAGCCAUUUUUCGAACAGACUCUUCUCCUGGUCCAUCUCAGAUCAAAGCAGUGGAAAAUUAUUGUGCUUCUAUUAGUCCACAAUUAAUACACUGUGUGAACAAUUAUACUCAGUCUUAUCCAAUGAGGAACCCAACGGAUAGUUUAUAUUGCUGUGACAGAGCCGAAGACCAUGCUUGCCAAAAUGCCUGCAAGAGAAUUCUGAUGUCCAAGAAAACGGAAAUGGAGAUUGUUGAUGGUCUCAUCGAGGGUUGUAAGACCCAGCCCUUGCCUCAAGAUCCUCUUUGGCAGUGUUUUCUUGAAAGCUCACAAUCUGUUCACCCUGGAGUCACUGUACACCCUCCUCCCUCUACUGGCCUUGAUGGGGCUAAACUGCAUUGUUGUUCUAAAGCAAAUACUUCAACAUGUAGGGAACUCUGCACUAAACUUUACAGCAUGAGCUGGGGCAAUACACAGAGUUGGCAAGAGUUUGAUCGCUUUUGUGAAUAUAAUCCAGUGGAAGUGUCUAUGUUGACCUGCUUAGCGGAUGUCCGGGAACCUUGCCAGUUGGGCUGUAGAAACCUUACUUACUGUACUAAUUUUAACAACAGGCCAACAGAACUUUUCAGGAGUUGUAAUGCACAGUCAGAUCAAGGAGCCAUGAAUGACAUGAAGUUGUGGGAGAAAGGAAGCAUAAAGAUGCCAUUUAUCAAUAUACCUGUUCUCGAUAUUAAAAAGUGCCAGCCAGAGAUGUGGAAAGCAAUAGCUUGUUCACUGCAGAUUAAACCUUGUCAUAGUAAAUCCCGGGGAAGUAUUAUUUGCAAAUCAGAUUGUGUGGAGAUUCUUAAAAAAUGUGGAGACCAGAACAAAUUCCCUGAAGACCACACAGCUGAAAGUAUUUGUGAGCUUCUGUCACCUACAGAUGAUCUGAAGAAUUGUAUACCUUUGGAUACAUAUCUUAGACCAAGUACUUUAGGUAACAUUGUAGAAGAAGUGACUCAUCCCUGUAACCCAAAUCCUUGCCCUGCCAAUGAGCUCUGUGAAGUAAACCGAAAAGGAUGUCUAUCUGGAGAUCCCUGUCUUCCAUACUCUUGUGUUCAAGGUUGCAAACUGGGAGAAGCUUCUGAUUUCAUUGUACGUCAAGGGACACUAAUCCAGGUGCCAUCAUCUGCAGGGGAAGUUGGUUGUUACAAAAUCUGUUCAUGUGGACAAAGUGGACUCUUAGAAAACUGUAUGGAAAUGCACUGUAUAGACCUCCAGAAGUCUUGUAUUGUUGGAGGAAAAAGAAAAAGUCAUGGAACAUCCUUUAGUAUUGACUGCAAUGUCUGUUCUUGUUUUGCUGGCAAUUUGGUGUGUUCUACCCGCCUUUGCCUCAGUGAGCACAGUUCAGAAGAUGACCAUCGUACCUUCACAGGUCUGCCCUGUAACUGUGCAGAUCAGUUUGUCCCCGUGUGUGGGCAGAAUGGGCGCACUUACCCCAGUGCCUGCAUUGCUCGCUGUGUGGGCCUCCAAGACCAUCAGUUUGAGUUUGGAUCAUGCAUGUCAAAGGAUCCAUGUAAUCCUAAUCCCUGCCAAAAAAACCAAAGGUGCAUACCCAAACCACAGGUCUGCCUGACGACUUUUGAUAAAUUUGGAUGUAGCCAAUAUGAAUGUGUACCAAGACAGCUUGCGUGUGACCAGGUCCGAGAUCCUGUUUGUGACACAGACCAUAUGGAGCACAGCAAUCUCUGCACUUUAUACCAAAGAGGAAAAAGCCUCUCCUACAAAGGCCCCUGCCAGACCUUCUGCAGAGAGACCGAGCCUGUCUGUGGGCACAAUGGUGAGACCUAUAGCAGCGUAUGUGCUGCCUACUCAGAUCGCGUGGCGGUCGAUUACUAUGGGGACUGCCAGGCUGUUGGGGUCCUCUCAGAGCACAGCUCUGUCACCGAGUGUGCCGCUGUCAAGUGUCCUUUGCUCUCAGCAGCUGGAUGCAAACCCAUCAUCCCACCAGGUGCUUGUUGCCCAUUAUGUGCUGGGAUGUUAAGAGUUUUAUUUGACAAAGAAAAACUGGAUACUAUUGCUAAGGUAACAAAUAAAAAGCCAAUAACAGUUCUGGAAAUACUUCAAAAAAUCCGCAUGCACGUUUCUGUCCCACAGUGUGAUGUGUUUGGAUACUUCAGCAUUGAAUCAGAAAUUGUGAUCCUGAUCAUUCCUGUCGAUCACUAUCCAAAAGCUCUGCAGAUUGAAGCCUGCAAUAAAGAAGCUGAGAAGAUUGAGUCCCUUAUCAACUCUGACAGCCCGACUUUGGCGUCCCAUGUGCCUCUCUCUGCCCUCAUCAUUUCCCAGGUACAGGUCUCUAGCAGUGUGCCAUCAGCCGGCGUCAGAGCCAGACCUUUUUGCCACUCCUUCCUCCUUCCCCUCAGCCUGGGCCUUGCCUUGCACUUGCUCUGGACGUGUAACUGACUGCCCAUGGAAGGCACAGAAUGCUCCUCCACCUCACUCUCCUGCCUUGAGAAAGACAUUCAAGACUGCUGGUUUUUAGUUGAAUAGUGGCCAAGGAAAAGCACAUGUCACCUCUAUUCACCACACAGUAUUUUUUUUUUUAAUUUGCCAAUAUUAGUAGGAUUUUUGUUUUGUUUUUACAAAUGUUAAAAUGUGUUGUUACAAAUACUAAUGAAAAGAGGAUGUCUCUUUCUGGUAGACCACUGCCGUAUGAUUUACAUUUGCUCAUCAGAUGGGUCCCCCACUCUAAAACAAGCUUAUCAAUGGGAAAUCAGAUGACCACUUUUUAGAAAGAUAACUCACUUUACUAUCAGGUUAAUGAACUUCAUUUCAGAGUUCAUUUUGAAGUAUUAAGGUUCCCUUUGCAUUUGCUUUGUUUACAGAUAAUUACUUACUCUAUCUAGAAGCUAGGGGGUCCCAGCCACUGCCAUUACAGAAUAUGAAAUAUAAAUAAAGCAUCUUUGAAAUUAUUAACUAAAUUAUUAGGAAAAUUUGCACUAUAUUACAGAAAUUUAAACCCCAACUACUGUGUUAUGCAAAAGCAAGCGAUUAAAUGACACGCAUAUAAUUAUAUGUUGUAAACAACAGGCUCACUAGUCAUGGAUUAGUGUCUAUGACUUUUAUGAAAGGGAGAAGUGACAUUGCAUCAAAGCAUCUUGCAUUAUGCAGUUUUUAUAUUAACCAGAUAUAUAUUCUUCAAUAGUCAUCCGAGUUAAAUGUAGAGUUUUUAAACAUCAAUCUUUAAACCAAUUGCUGCUACUUAUAUAAUUGCCAAAAAGUGAAAUAAUGAGUAGUUCAUGUAAAUAAUACUUUAUAUUUCUAUUUUAUUAUGAAGAAGGUGAAUAGCCAUAUUUGUAAAAUGACAAUCAUGUGCGUAAACCCAUACUUUCCAUUCGUGAAAACACAUUUGCUUUUUAUGAUAUGUACAAUGUAGAUAAGUGUUCUUUCUUUUUUGAUAUAGAAGUAUAAAGAAUUGUGGUUUAUAUAUUUAAAAGUGUCAGUAUUAAAAUGUUUGCAUGUUGUCUAAGAAAUUGAAUACUUUGAAUGUGUUUCACAGUUUGAAAUAAGCUAUUUGAUGUAAUACUUCUUGUGUAUAUGCACAUGAACUUACAUUUUACAUGAAGUAUUUUUUCAGUAUUAUAUGUACCCUCUGAAAUACAUAGGGAUCUGUGUAUUAUACCAAAAUGUUGCUGAAAAAUGGGCACUUAAAGCUUUCAGAAUAUAUCAGUGCUGAUGUAGCAUGUUUGUUGCAAUUGCCUUUUUUCUGUAUAAAUGUCUUCAAUGCAAUAUACUGGAAAGCUUUUUUAUUUUAAUAAAAAUAAUUUUUAUAUGAUCA